AUGGCUGGUGAGAUUUGGCAGCCUGAGGUGUCAACGUCUGACGAUGGAGACGAACGAGAGGCAGUGAAGAUGAAGAAAGAGAUCGGUAUACUGCAGGCAGUCAGCAUCAUCUUCGGUGUUAUUGUGGGAUCCGGUAUAUUUGUGUCGCCUGUAGGCGUUUUGCGGUAUUCCAACUCGGUGGGCCUUUCGCUAAUCAUGUGGAUAGUACCAGGUCUCUUCAGUAUGCUUGGUGCCCUAGUGUACGCUGAAUUGGGUGUGCGAAUUCAAAAGUCGGGUGGUGAAUAUGCUUAUAUCCUCGAGGCAUUUGGUGGUCUACCAGCGUUUGUUGUCAUGUGGAUCACCUUUGUAGUCAUUGGUGGUGUCAGCUGCGCUGCCAAUUCAAUCGUCUUCGCUGAAUACAUUUUGCAACCAGUUUAUCCGGAUUGCUCGAUUCCCGUCCCUGUUGUUAGCAUGAUCGCCCUCUGUGGUUUGAGUAAGAGGAAAUAUAUAUGUCAUGGUGUUUUAGUGCUAAUUUGUGCGAUAAAUUGCUACAAGGUUAAAUGGGCUACGAGAGUUGCUGUAAUAUUCUCCUUCGGCAAGAUUGUUGCUCUGUUACUUAUCAUCGGGUUCGGCAUAUACUAUCUUGCAACAGGUCAUGUAGAGAGUUUUCACAAUGCCUUCGAGGGAUCGAAUACAUCUCCCGGCUAUCUGGCGCUUGCAUUCUACCAGGGCUUCUGGGCAUUUUCAGGGUGGUUAGUGCCAUCCUCGUAUAGAAAAUGCAUUAUUGUUUAG